CUGUCGAAGAUUGUAAAACAAAGGAUGUAGAUAUGGUUCAUUACGCUGUAAUGACUUUUAUUUCUCAUCAUCCCGAAGCUAGAAACCAAGGACUUCGAGUUCCAUCUUUGGCCGCUCGUCAUCCAAACCUUUUUGCUCAAUGUGGAACUGCUACUGGUGAUGAAAAACGUCUUGAUUACUGGCGUGAAGAUCCUAAUUUGAAUGAACAUCAUGAGCAUUGGCAUAUUUUAUACAAGGCUUUACCAAUGCCUGAUCCAAAUAACACCGACAAUACUUAUGAAAGAGAUCGAUUCGGUGAACUUUUUAUUUAUAUGCAUAGACAAAUGAAUGCUAGAUAUAUUGCUGAACGUCUUAGUGUUGGUUUAGAUGUUACAAACCCUUUGGAAAAUUUUGAUGAGAUUAUUCCAGAGGGUUAUACUCCCUCAAAACACUUAAAAACUCAAAAUGCAGAUGCUAAAGCUUAUGUCGCUCGUCCUGUUGGUAAAACAAUGAAAAUGGGUGAUAGACCCGAAAUGAAUAUUAAUUUUACAGUAGAUAAAGUGAAAAAAACCCGUGAACUUAUUAAAAAAUCUAUUGAAACUGUAACACCACAAGGUGGCGGUUACUUUUUGGACGAAAAUGAUAAGCCAAUUGAACAAAUUGUUGCUAAUAAGCUGGGUCUUGCGAUUGAAUCUGGUCUUAAUGAAAGAUACUCAAACCUUAGUAUGUAUACUCCUUUUCAUAGUGCUGGGCAUGUUAUAUUAGGGAGUCUCAAAGAUCCAGGCC